CUUUGUUACAGUAACUGAUCCAACGAUUCAAAGGACAACUAUGAAGCUUCUUCUGGAUCUGCUGUGUUUGGGUCUUCUGUGUUUGACCGGAAAAACACUUUGUGAUAAAAACGGGCCAGCAGUCAUCAAAGUGGAAGGAGGGACUGAUGUAAUGUUACCCUGCUCUCUCAGCACCAAGGAGAACAUUGAGUUUAAAUUCUUUGACUGGAGGAAAGUUUCUCAGAAAGAUGAUGGUCAGAAGAAGGUGUUCCUGUAUGAUGGAGGCAGUCAUUACAACAACGGUCUAGAUGGUCAGAGUGAAGAGUUCAAAGGUCGAGUCUCUCAUUUUCAAGAUGAACUGAAACACGGCAACGCCUCCAUAAUCAUCAGAAAUACAAAGAUAUCUGACAGUGGAGACUACAGAUGUUAUUUUCCUCAUCUUCAGCUACCUCAAACAUUCACCAUUAAGCUUGUUGUUGGUGCAGCUUCAAAACCAUCUGUGACAUUACAUGAUGUAACAACAUUCUGGGCGCUGCUGCAGUGUGAAGUUAAUGGCAAUCCUAAACCUAAAGUAGAGCUGCAGGACAGUGAUGGAAACAUCCUUUAUGCUACAGUAACACAGGACUCAGAAAGAGAAGGCAGCUUCUACAUCACCCUCCAAACUACUGUGACCAAGACCGACACCUAUCGCUGUGUAGCCACACAGGAGGAACUCAAACAUCAGAUUUAUGCUGAGAUCUUUGUGUAUAUCAGUGCUCAUGACAUUGUUCUGACUAGCCCUAAGCCACUCAAGCAGCAUGCAUACCGGGUGAUUGAGAUGAUUGCUUUCCACCUGUGUUUGGAGUUGGCCAAUCAGCAUUCAAGGUGGCAGUCAAUAAAAGGAGGACUCCUGAGAAGUGGGGUUCUCUCUUGCUCUGCUGGCUGGUUGCCAGUCUCCCUGUCCUUUAAGCUGUGGCUGUUAGGUAAUUCAACUGUAGAGUUUUGUGAGGUGGAGGUUGAGGACCUUAGAGAAGCAGGAAACAUCACCAGGACUGGUUUGACUGCAACUCAAGCUGAGAUACAGUUACUCCUAAAAACCAAGCAUGAGGCCCACAAAGCUCUCCUGUCCUGCCCUGGAUAUCCCACCCUUAAAACCACCUUCACUGCUGAAAGAACAGAAUCCCAGCGAGCCCUCUGGACUAUGGAGGACACCUGGUGGGUGCAAAAGGUGCGAGAAAUCCAGACGCUGGCAGACUGCAAUAACACUCAAGGCUUUUACGAUGCCAUAAAAGCAUUGUACGGCCCCAGGAAGCGGGUGAUUGCCCCAGUCCAAUCAGCUGACGGGUCCAUGCUCUUCAAGGACCGCCACGAGAUUCUUGCCUGGUGGAGGGCAAAAGCUGCACUUUAA